AUGGGAACAAUCCGCUUCGUCUUCCUAUUCUACACUACACUGGCCAGCAGGGCCAGCAGCAGGACCAGCAGGGCCAGCACGACCAACAGGACCAGCAGCUGGACCAGCAGGGCCAGCAGGGCCAGCAGCAGGGCCAGCACGACCAACAGGACCAGCAGCUGGACCAGCAGGGCCAGCAGGGCCAGCAGCAGGACCAGCAGGGCCAGCAGCAGGACCAGGAGGGCCAGCAGGGCCAGCAGCAGGACCAACAGGGCCAGCACGACCAACAGGGCCAGCAGCAGGUCCAGCCGGACUAGGAGGGCCAGUAGGGCUAGCAGCAGGACCAACAGGGCCAGCAGCAGGACCAGCCAGACCAGGAGGGCCAGCAGCAGGGCCAGCACGACCAACAGGGCCAGCAGCAGGACCAGCUGGACCAGGAGGGCCAGCAGGGCCAGCAGCAGGACCAGCAGGGCCAGCAGCAGGGCCAGCAGCAGGACCAACAGGGCCAGCACGACCAACAGGGCCAGCAGCAGGUCCAGCCGGACCAGGAGGGCCAGCAGCAGGACCAGCAGGGCCAGCAGCAGGACCAGCAGAGCCAGCAGCAGGACCAGCCGGACCAGGAGGGCCAGCAGGGCCAGCAGCAGGACCAACAGGGCCAGCACGAUCAACAAGGCCAGCAGCAGGCCCAGGAGGGCCAGCAGGACCAACAGGGCCAGCAGCAGGACCAGCAGCAGGACCAGCAGGGCUAGGUGCAGUGGGGCUAGCAGCAGGACCAGGAGGGCCAGCAGCAGGACCAGGAGGGCCAGCAGCAAGGACCAGCGGGGCUAGCAGCAGCA